GGAAUCCUCUUCACCACGCUCGACUUCACCACACUCUCUGCACAUGCUGCUGCAGGACUCCGAUUCGUUUCAACUUGCAGAAAUUCAGCCGAAAUACGGUGUCCUCUAAUGACCUCACAUCCUGUUUUCCCCACUUCCUUCUGAAUGGACCGGUUUGGGACGGUCCGGUCGCAGCGCAGCGUGGAUCUCCGUAGCGUCCGCGCGUUUCUGCAAACACAUGCUGUAAGAGGAAAGAUCCGCGGAGAUAACGGGCUGCAGAGGGCAUCCGAGCAAAGUUUUAAUGCAGCGAUUUACUAUGCAACGUCUCACUUGUUGAUUCGGAUAAGAAGAGUCGUCGUUUGUUUAACGUCUACUUCCGCAAGCUCCCCAGAGCCAGGUGCAGCGAAGCAUCCCCACAUGCUUUCACUUACGUCUGUCACUGUUGCUGCACUUCUGACAGAAUGAAGACGAGGGAGGUGACGGUCAUCAACCAGGGCCUGGAGGAAGAGAUGCUCCCUGGAGUAAAGCAAACCAUGGCAUGGUAACUAUGUGCCUAUGCAGGAAGUGUGGGGGUACCGGCCCUGUCUGUGGAAGAUGGUCCUGGUGGGUGUGGGGGCUGUUUGCUCCGGUGGUCUCCUGCUGCUGCUGCUCUACUGGCUGCCUGAGUGGGCCGUCAAGGGCACCUGUACACGCACCUCGCUGAGAGACGCACACACGCUGCUGCUCAGGACGAAGGAUGAGUUCAAGCAGUGGUUUCGAGCCAAAGUACACGUGAUGUUGGCUCCAGGGAAGAAGCCCUUCGACGACUUGGACCUGCAGUCCAAAACUCAGCUACCAAAUGGAGACGGAGACCACAGCACAGAGGAGGAGCUUCAUGGAGAGUGUCUCUACGGCCCGUCUGCUCAGAUCAACUACUUCACCCACCACAGCAUGAGGUACUACUGGAAUGACGAGAUACAGAACUAUGAAUUUUAUAAAGGCCUGGAGGAUGUGAAUGUGAGCUGUGCGAGCAUCCACUCUGACCACAGCGCUGGGCUUCCUAAAGCACUGCAGGACUACAGGAGGUUGUUUUUUGGGGAGAAUGAGAUCGCGGUUAUAGUGCCAUCUCUGUUCAAGCUUCUCAUAAUGGAGGUCUUGAACCCUUUUUACAUCUUCCAACUCUUCAGUGUUAUUCUGUGGAGUGCUGAAGAUUAUUACUACUACGCCACAGCCAUAGUGCUCAUGUCUUUCAUCUCAAUAGCUACCUCACUGUACACCAUUAAAACGCAAUACGUGAUGCUGCAUGACAUGGUAGCAGCGCACAGUGUGGUCCGUGUGUCUGUGUGCAGAGGAGAUAAAGAUGUUGAACAGGCCAUGUCCACUGAUCUUGUGCCGGGAGAUGUCAUCAUUGUUCCAGCGAAUGGGAUGAUAAUGCCCUGCGAUGCCGUGCUUUCACGCGGAACCUGCAUUGUAAAUGAGAGCAUGCUGACAGGAGAGAGCGUUCCAGUCACCAAAACCAGCCUGCCCAGUUCAGGCGAGGAGGCAGCCAUGAGCUACAACACAGAGGAACACAAGAAACACACUCUAUUCUGUGGUACCCAUGUUAUCCAGACACGCUUCUACUCUGGUGAGCUGGUGAAGGCUGUUGUGGUGAGAACAGGGUUUAGCACGGAGAAAGGCCAACUGGUCCGCUCCAUCCUCUACCCUAAACCCACAGACUUCAAGCUGUACCGCGACGCUUACCUUUUCCUGCUGUGUCUGGUUGGGGUGGCGGGGGUCGGCUUCAUCUACACCAUCGUCCUCAGCAUCCUGAGCCAGGUUCCAGCGAAAACCAUCAUCGUCGAGUCUCUGGACAUCAUCACCAUUACCGUGCCCCCGGCCUUGCCGGCAGCCAUGACAGCUGGUAUUGUGUAUGCGCAGCGGCGUCUGAAGCGCAUCGGCAUUUUCUGCAUCAGUCCUCAGAGGAUCAACAUGUGUGGACAACUUAACCUGGUCUGCUUUGACAAGACUGGCACUCUCACCGAGGAUGGUUUGGACCUGUGGGGCAUUCAGAGAGCUGAAAAUGGCAGCUUUUUUCCGCCUGAGUCCGAGGCAGCUAAGGAAAGUCUGGUGAACACUGCAUUUGUGGCCUGCAUGGCAACCUGCCACUCACUGACCAAAAUAGAGGGAGAGCUCUCCGGAGACCCUUUAGACCUCAAGAUGUUCAGCGCUACGGGCUGGGUCCUAGAAGAGCCCACAGAGGAAGAGACUGCACUCCACAACCCCAUAAUGCCCACAGUCGUACGACCCCCGAAGCCAAGCGUCCCUGAAGCCAAUCAGAAUAAUCCACUGGCUCAGAACAUGGAGCUUUCUGAAUUACCAUCCCGUGAGAUCGGUAUCGUGCGUCAGUUCCCCUUCUCGUCGGCGCUGCAGAGGAUGAGUGUGGUGGUCAGGAGGUUGGGGGAUAAACACAUGGACGCCUUUUUGAAAGGGGCACCAGAGAUCGUGGCCAGCCUCUGCAAACAUCACACAGUCCCUCAGACCUUCACAGAGACUCUGGAGACCUACACUAGGCAGGGCUUCAGGGUUAUUGCCUUGGCACACCGACAGCUGGAGUCCAAACUCUCCUGGCACAAAGUCCAGAGCCUCGGCAGGGACCUGAUAGAGACCAACAUGGAGUUCCUUGGUCUGAUCAUCAUGCAGAACAAAAUUAAACAGGAGACCGCCGGUGUCCUGUGUGAACUGCGAAAAGCUAACAUUCGCACUUUGAUGGUCACAGGCGACAACAUGCUGACGGCGAUAUCGGUGGCUCGGGACUGUGGGAUGGUGUGUCCACACGACAAGGUCAUUAUAGCCGACGCUGCGCCACCCAAAGACUUCCACCCAGCUAGCAUCACGUGGCACUACACUGAAAACCCUGCUCGAACUCCUACGCACAAUCAGACUGUGGAGAUAAACCUGGAGGAAGGGAUGUAUCACUUCGCUGUGAGUGGCAGAGCCUUCGCCGUUAUCGCUGAGCACUUUCCUCAGCUGGUACCAAAGCUCAUGGUAAGGGCCACUGUGUUUGCUCGAAUGGCUCCAGACCAGAAGACUCAGCUGGUGGAAGUCCUGCAGAGCAUCGAUUACAUUGUUGGGAUGUGUGGCGAUGGUGCUAAUGACUGUGGAGCUCUGAAGAGAGCUCACAGUGGGAUUUCUCUGUCAGAGCUGGAGGCCUCAGUCGCUUCACCCUUCACCUCCUCCACCUCAAACAUCUCCUGUGUCCCCAAUCUCAUCAGGGAGGGCCGGGCUGCCCUCAUAACAUCAUUCUGCGUGUUUAAGUUCAUGGCCCUCUACAGCAUCAUCCAGUACACCACUGUCAUCUUGCUCUACUGGAUUCUCAGCAACUUGGGAGACUUCCAGUUUCUCUUCAUCGACAUCGCCAUCAUUCUCAUCAUUGCCUUUACAAUGAGCCUGAACCCGGCGUGGAAGGAGCUGGUGUGGCGUCGCCCGCCGUCCAGUCUGAUCUCCGCCCCCCUGCUCUUCUCGGUUCUGGCUCAGAUCCUCACCUGCCUGGUCUUCCAGGUCCUGGCUUUCCUCCUGGUACAGCAGCAGAGCUGGUACGAGAAAUGGACGCCUCAGUCGGAUGCCUGUAAUGUCUUCAGUGCCAAUGCCUCUGACAACAUCACCGUAACGACGCCUCACAACUCUAAAAACAUCAAGAAUUACGAGAACACCACCCUCUUCUACGUCUCCUCCUUCCAGUAUUUGGCCGUGGCCAUCAUCUUCUCCAAGGGGAAACCCUUCAGACAGCCAAGCUACAAGAACUGGCCCUUCAUGCUGUCCUGUGUCACUCUAUAUACUUUCCUCCUCUUCAUCAUGCUGUAUCCUGUUCCUGCCAUCGACAACUUCCUGGAGAUCGUGUGUGUUCCACAUGACUGGCGCGUUACUCUGGUCAUCAUUGUCGCGGUGAAUGUGGCCGUGUCUUUCCUCUUGGAGAUGUUGAUCCUUGACAUCAUCUUGUGGAGGCUUGUUUUCAGAGGCAAUCAAGGGGCAGCUCGCCCCACAGAGUCAUCCUCUGCUGACAAACUGCAGGUGGCCAAUGACUGCUGGGGCCAGUCUUUCCUGUCCUGGCUGUUCUGCCGGAGAAACAAGCCGCCGAGGACGCUGUACAAGCAGCUGGCCCUGGAGCUGCAGGAAGAUUCGGACUGGCCCCCCAAACCAUCCACUGUCACGUACGCCGUCAGCCCACCGUCAAACAUCUCGGCCCUGCUCUGACCCCCCGAACGUGGCUGCCAACCAAAGCUCAGCACAGACUAAAAACCUCAAAUUUCCCGAUACGUUAGCGCGAAUGGAGCUCAGGUGUGAGGGAAGGCCUAGCUUUCACAUAGCAACCGGCUGACACUGUGAACCACUCAUACGUAAAGUCCUCUUCCAUUUUGAGCCGUCUCAUCAAAGUGGACCCAGCACUUGCAUUUUAGCCGUACUGUCGUAUCACACUGCUGCAACUUGAGCCAGAGGAUCGUUAAAGGGAUAGUUCGGCAUUUUUUUGUGAAAUUUGCUUCCUUGUUCAAAGUUAGACGACGAGCUAACUAAUUUCUGGUCGUGGCUUUACAUUUCUAACUCUUACCAAGGAAAGAAGUGAGUGUAUUUCCUAUAAUGCCUUUAAGGUGACAGGUUGUCUUAAUAGUAACUAUAUAGGUGCCACACUACACUAAUCACUGAGCAUGUUAAAGUGUGUCAGAUUAGUCUUUCAUGUAUGACACAGUUUUUGGAAAUCAGAUUAAGAUUACCUGCUCCUUUGUACAAGGUACACGUGCCGCUUUUACUAUUCAGUGACACAUUAGCUGCAGCUAUAAAGUAAAAGUAGGACAGUGAUAGGUCACAGGAAUUCAGCACGAAGGAAGCACGAGAGACUUCUGUCUGUUGGCAAGUUUACGAACACGACUGGUACUGUAGUGUUGAAUUUCUUUAGUCGACUUGCUGAAAUUCUUCCUGUGGAAGAGAGAGGCAGAAAUGACCUUUUUUUUUUUUAAUUAUAUUACUGGUAAAACAGCCUGUGUGUGGUUGUGCGAAUGAGAGAGGAGAGGAAGAGAAUCAAAGCGAACCAUUUCCCUCGGAUGCAUUAGGAGACACUUCUGCUGCAUUUCUUUGAAAUACUGUAUGAACCUCUGCAACAAUUCCAUCGUUUAACAUGACCAAGGUACUGUACAUAGCUGAUGAUCAUUUUAGGCAGUUAAAUUAAUCGAAAGGAAUCGUUGAGACACUUGCUGCUGUGAUGAUUUUUAUAACCGUCGAUGUUAAUAUUUGAUCAUGUUUAAUGUAACGUUCUCCUGUAACUUUCUGUGUUGCUGCCGUUUACGUGUUUUUUCUAGUCGGUUUCGCAAAAUUAAAUCUGUAGCGGGAAAAAAACAAUUUUUACUGCAAAAUAGAGAAAUGUUUUUAACAGAAAUCGUAAUAGAGUAUUUGUACUUAUUUUCUCAUCUCGAAAUGUGACAAAAAAUAUUUUGUGUGUGUCGACGAAACGCUGCAGAACUUCCAUUACAUUUCCCAAUAAAUCUGUGUAUUAAGCCA